CUUUAACAUUUCUCUAAAUUAAUUUACGGCUCAGGGGAUACAAUUGAAAGAUCUUCCAAGCUUCAGGUAGUAGUUUUGUGAUUUAACAAAAAUGGAAGAAAAACAAGUGUCGCGCUCACUUGAUGUCCUCUCUGCAUGUGCAUCAUUUGAGAAACGAACGAUAAUGCAGGCGCACCUCUUCCUGGUGGGACCCAUCCCCGCCACAAUUGACGCCUCUGCUUCCUCCUCCUCCAGCUCCAUCAGCAGGGGUGGCCACAAUUCCCCGACUCGUAGCUGGAGCCGACACCGUAAAUGUAGCAAUAAAUCCCACCAUCACAAGAAAAACAACAAGCGGGGCCCAACAACAGUGGUAGUUGCAUCAUCAUCAUCAUCAUCAUGGGCAGCAUUCAACGGCGGCGAGCAAGACCAUUAUGCGGUGCUGGGACUCGAACGCACCGCCACUUCAGCCGAUAUUAAGAAAGCUUAUCGCCUUCUUGCUCGAAAGUAUCAUCCUGAUGUUAGCAAGCAUUCACAAGCUUGUGAGCUGUUCAAGAGUGUUCGGCAUGCAUAUGAAAUACUCUUUAAUGAAGUGACAAGGGCUCGGUAUGAUCGAGUACUUAGAUUUCAAGAAGAUACUGGCAGGUCAUAUAGUAAAAGACACUAUUAUACUCCCGAAGUUGAAGACUGGGGAAGGAUCUACAAAUGGGCUGAAAUGAAGCGGAAAAUGAGAAGUGGGGCACAUUGGGAGCACUAUAACGUGAGCGAGGACCCUUCCUUCUACAGUGACACAGAAGAGGAGGCUGAAGAAGGAAGCCUAGAUCAGGAAAGAGGACCCUUUAGCGAAGUGCUAAGAUCUGCAUUUUUAUCCCUCUUUUUACUGCAGACUCUUGGAUCUCUAUCAUCUCUUACCUUCAGUAGUCUCAUGGCUUUGUUCGACAGACAAUUGGAUGCUGGGUAUAAGAUUGGUUAUUUCAUUGCAUGGAUUUUGGGUGGGAGAGGUGGGAUUCUGCUUGUUCUGUGUCUCCAAUUUGCUAGCUGGGCCUGUGGAAAGACAAGCAGCAGUGUGGUUGCUCUGGUGGUGGUGGCCCUGUGUGUUGGUUCAAAUCUUGCGAGGGUCGCUCCACUCCCACACGGUGCUCUUGUCACACUUUUGUACAUGUCUAUUAAGCUGCAAGCGGACCUAAACUGAAGCUCUUCCUGCUGGUGUUGCUGCCACUACUGGUUGUACAUAAGCCUUGCAUUAAUGAUAUUUCUUCUCUGAAAAUCCUCGUACAUAUGUUCUAAUGCACAGUAUAGCAUCAGUGCCAGUUUGUUAGAUGGGAUUUUUUCUUUUUCUUUCUUUAUUUCCUCCCCCUCCCUUUUAGGUUGUAUUUAGCUUGCCCUCUUUUUAUAUAAUGCCAAUAAUUCUGUGCUCCUCUCGUUUUAAGAGCUGUCAAGAAAUUAAAUCAAAUUUUAAGGCCUUCA